UCUCCAUCGUACUAUUGAUGGUUUCAGUUAGGCACUUAGCAGACUGGAGCACUGACAUUACAACAAAGUAGUAUGGAUACCCAAGUCCUGCUGAUGCACCUCCUUUCAGGACUAUCCCUUUCUGGCGCCGGGAACCUGAACCGGUUUGUGGCGGUGGAUACGCCGAUGACCAUGACCAACGCUCGGCAAUACUGCAGGAGCAAUCACGUGGACCUGGCCAGCCUCAGGGACGCCCAGGAUUUGCAGCAGCUCCACGACAUGAGGAGCAACUCCACGCGUUGGAUCGGGCUGAACGAUGACCCGGCGACCAGCAUGCAGACCAUUGACGUAUACACCAACUCGUGGAAAUGGUCCUUUGAGUACGCGUCAGGGUAUCUUAAUUUUAAAUCGGGCGAGCCUGAUUUUAAAAACGACGAGGAGGUAUGUGUGUGGAUGGAUUCGGACGGCAGCUGGAGGAACCAAGAGUGUUCUUCUCUGAGACACUUUCUUUGUUUCAGCGGCUCCCCAUCAAAACCAGACUACCAUCUGGUCUUCGAGAUGAAGACGUGGGAGGACGCCAGGGACCACUGCCGGUUUUGGUUUGUCGACCUUGCAGUGAUCAAGUCUCAGAAGGAGAAUGACCAUGCCAAGUCCAAAUUCUGGCUCCUGUUCGUGCAACUCUCCAGCAAUGCGUGGAUCGGCCUUUACCGAGAGCCCUGGGCCUGGCAAGACGGCAGCCUCAGCGAGUUCAGACACUGGGCCCCAGGUCAGCCCAACAACAUGGGCGGUAAUGCAAUGUGCGUCAAAUUAGUUCCCGAUGGAUUUAUCUGCACUGACUGCAGAGAUGUGUAUCCGUUCUUCUGCACCAGAGCUCUGAAACAGACCAUACUAAAGAUAACAAUUUCGUCUGACUUGGAUCUGACAGACCCGAACGUUCAGGACAACAUCCUACAACAAUUUGGCGCCACUCUGACCAACGCUGGAAAGACUGACUUCCACCUGAGCUGGAGUGUUCCACCAAAGAGGAAACCAGAGCCAGCAGCUGCUGCUGAUGAAGAAGUAUGCGAUCCCUCUUCCUCUGCUCUGAUGUCUUCAGCUCUGGAAAUCAGCGUCAAGACCACCUUCAACCAGAGCCAACAGAACUGAAAACGAAUAACGGAAAAGGCAGAACUUAGGUGAACAGAGUAGCACAGCUAGGAUUGAUCACUGUUUCCCGCUUCCCUUGAAUAUUGGAUCUCAGUUUUAGGUUGACAAAUGUAUUCAAUCAUAUGAUAAUGGUUUGUCAGUACAUUCAUUUAAAAUAUAUGUAAAAAAAUAGCUGUUAUUUCGCUGAUAACAAUGCAAGUCGUAGGCUUAUCCCUGUGCAUAAUUCAGGAGCAUAUAUAUUGAUAAACGUUAGUAUGAAACAUAUUUUUUAUGUGGCUUUUUUGUAUCUAUAUCUAUCUAUGUCUUCAAUUGGGAAACCUGAGCUUAUUAUUACUUCAUUCAAAUCCUUAUAACCAUGCUUAGCAUAGAAAGAGUCCUGACUAUAAUCAACACUUCACAAAUUGUUGUUGUUGUUGCAAGCAAAUCAGCUUAGUUUUUAUUCAAAUGUUUAGCUGCAUUUCACCUUUAAGGUGAAAAAAGGUCGCACAACCAUGUAUCCUUAUUUAUUAUCAGAGGAAAAGUGCUGCAUAAUGAGCUGUAGUACCUGUUCUGCUCUGUUUCAAUAAAAUGUAAUUUGAAACAAA